AUGGAAGACGAGCAGCGUCGUCUGUCGCAGCAGUUUGAAGCUCUGAGAGCUACUUUUCUACCGACUGUUUAUGGUCAACAGCUCCUGCCGAACGCAGCGCCGUUGGAUCAACAUUUAGGAGCGUUCCCAAACCAGCAUCCGCCAUCGCUCUCGAUAGCGUCCCCAAGCCAGCAUCCGCCAUCGCUCUCAAUGCCGUCAACCAGCCAGCAUCCGCCGUCACAGUCAAACGCGCUUCAGAACGGUGAGCCAUCUAUGUCACAAUUAAUUCAACUAAUGCAGCAGUUUAUCUCCAAGUUGGACCAGCCGCCGGUAUCACUACCGCAGAUUGCAUCAGAGCAGCAGCCGGUAUCACAACCACAAAUGGCACCAGAGCCACAGCAGCUGCAUCAAGGGGCCCCAUUCAACUCGGAGCAAAUCCUUGAUAUUUUGUCCAGAAACAUUACCGAGUUCCGUUUCGAGGCCGACAACGAUAUAACGUUCGAGAAAUGGUACUCUUGUUACGAGGAUUUGUUCAGCAAGGACGCUGCAAGGGUUGAUGAUGCAGCGAAGGUUCGAUUGCUUUUGCGGAAGCUGGGUAUACUGGAGCACGAAAGGUAUGUGAACUAUAUCGCACCCCGUAAUCGGCGUGAUUUUACGCUCGAGGCUACAGUAGAGCGGCUUAAAAAAGUAUUCGGCAAGAAGGAAUCUCUUUUAAGCAAGAGCCACAAAUGCAUACAGAUAGUAAAGACAAGUGCAGAAGAUUUCCUCGUGUACGCAUGCCGCGUGAAUCGGGCUUGCGUGGAUUUCGAAUUGAGCCGGAUGAGCGAAGAGCAAUUCAAAUGUUUGAUCUUUGUGUGUGGUCUAAAAGAAGAAGCCGAAAAAGAUUUUUAA